AUGGACCACACUCAAGACACAACCCCGACUGCCGAGGGUCAUGGUCAACUAGGAAACAGCUACCAGACCCCCGACCAACAGGCCGCAAACAACAUCAAAGUCCAGGACUUCAUCGACAACACUGCCUUGGCAACGGACCUCCAUGCCAAUGAUGCCUCCAAUAGCUCAGCGACUGCCGAUGGCGGCUCCUCGGCGAUUACUUCUCCGACCAACCUGUCAUCAUGGAGCGCAUCCUCAGAUCGACAACUGGGCCACGGAAGCGUACAAGACCCCGAAGACCGCGUCUUUCCUAUUCGUUCCGUCAUUAGCGUCGACCUAGCCGCCACACCACCAGUCAACGAUGACAUUCGCGCGCGUCGUAGAAUUUCUCUGUCCGAGGGUUAUGGGACUUCACUAGGCGGAAGGUCGACCGCCGCGGCAGGCGCCGGGAAUACCGCGACUCCCACUCGUCCGCAUGCGUCGACCGUUCCGACUGCCAAAUCAGGCGCCAUCGACGUCGAAAGUAGGCCCACAGUCAGUCAGAGUCAGUCAUCUGUCUCACAAGCUGAUGGCAGCUCCGUUUUCAGUUCAUCGUCCGCGGGCACUAUGCGACACAAGCGCCGCAUGAAUGCCAUGACAGGUUCCCUGUCCAGUGUCCAGGCCGAUGCCGAUCGAUAUGGGAAGGGACGGCCUAUAGAACUCGUCUUGGGCGAUUCGUCCGAGGAAGAGUCCGACGGCGGCGCAGACGGCAGCGGAGACGGCGGUGACCUGGGCACGAUCGGGGCAUCUUCGUCUUCUGGCAGGGAGUCUCUUGACGCUCUUCCUGAAACUCAUUUUGCGCCUCGCUUCAAGCAUAUCGUGACCGACGAGGGCCAUGCUGUGAUUACAGGUCGCGAUGGGCAGCUACAACGGUGCGAAGAUGAACCAAUUCAUACGCCGGGCGCUGUACAGGGCUUCGGGUUAAUGGUUGUUAUCCAGGAAGAACGAGACGGCCGCUUCAUUGUGCGAUUUGUGAGCGAAAACUCCAAGAGAAUCAUUGGCUACACCCCGCAAGAGCUCUUCCGAAUGAACAACUUCCUCGAUAUCUUCACUGAUGAGCAGUCUGAGAAUCUACUGGACCACAUCGAUUUCAUUCGGGAUGAGGACUCGGAUCCGGCUAUCAACGGCCCCGAGGUUUUUAGUCUCUCCAUCCGACUCCCCAAAGCCAAAACUUCCGUCAGGCUAUGGUGCGCAAUCCAUGUACACCCGUCACGCCCGGAACUGACUAUCUGCGAGUUUGAACUCGACGACGACCACGAUUACCCUUUGCGACCUCCUGAGGAGGACUAUCCAGACAUUCCCGAAGAUACUUUACAGUCGAACCCUACAACCGAAGAGCUCACUGAAAGCACAGCGAUCUCGAGCAAGCCAUUACGAGUCUUACGCAGUGCGCGUAGGCGAAGAGGCGAGGCAGGAGCAAUGCAAGUGUUUGAUAUCAUGAGCCAAGUACAGGAACAGCUGGCAAACGCUCCCAAUCUGGAAACGUUUCUCAAGAUCUUGGUCGGCAUUGUCAAGGAGUUGACGGGCUUCCACCGGGUUAUGAUUUACCAGUUUGAUUCCUCGUUCAACGGCAAGGUCGUCACUGAGCUUGUCGAUCCGAUGCAAACGAGGGAUUUGUACAAGGGACUGCACUUCCCGGCCACGGACAUACCCAGCCAGGCGCGCGAGCUUUACAAGCUCAACAAGGUACGAUUACUGUACGAUCGAGAUGUCGAGAGCGCACGAAUCGUUUGCCGAACGCCCGAAGAUUUGGAGACCCCGUUGGACAUGACGCACUCUUACCUUCGUGCAAUGUCGCCAAUCCACUUGAAGUAUCUUGCUAACAUGGCAGUGCGCUCUUCCAUGUCCAUCUCGAUCAACGCCUUUGGCGACCUUUGGGGUCUGGUUUCGUGCCAUUCCUACGGGCCCAAGGGGAUGAGAGUCUCGUUUCCCAUACGAAAAAUGUGCCGGCUUAUUGGCGACACCGCCUCAAGAAACAUAGAGCGUUUAUCGUAUGCUUCUCGUCUUCAAGCCCGCAAGCUUAUCAACACAGUACCCACCGACAAGAACCCGUCAGGCUAUAUAAUCGCCUCUUCGGACGACUUGCUCAAGCUAUUCAAUGCCGAUUUCGGAAUGCUUUCGAUACGUGAAGAGACCAAAAUCUUGGGAAAGAUCGAGCAGUCACAGGAAGCACUGGCUAUGCUAGAGUAUCUGCGGCUGCGCAAGUUUUCUUCCGUGGUCACCUCGCAAGACAUCAAGAUCGACUUUCCCGAUCUUCGUUACCCACCAGGAUUUCAAGUCAUCGCCGGCCUUCUCUAUGUGCCCUUGAGCGUCGGUGGGAACGACUUUAUCGUCCUGUUCCGCAAGGGCCAGGUGAGGGAAGUGAAGUGGGCGGGUAACCCACACGAAAAAAACAUCCAAGCUGGUUCUGCCGCGUACCUGGAGCCCAGAAAGAGUUUCAAGGUCUGGUACGAGACGGUUAUUGGCAAAUCUCGCGAAUGGUCAGAGGAGGAAGUCGAGACCGCGGCAGUGCUUUGCUUGGUCUACGGAAAGUUUAUCGAGGUUUGGAGGCAAAAGGAGGCAGCCCUGCGGAGCAGCCGUCUUACUCGUUUACUACUCGCAAACUCAGCACACGAAGUGCGCACGCCACUCAACGCCAUAAUCAACUACCUGGAGAUUGCACUAGAAGGUUCCCUUGACCAGGAGACCAGGGACAAUCUUGCAAGGUCGCAUUCAGCCUCAAAGUCCUUGAUCUACGUUAUCAACGACUUGCUUGAUCUGACCAAGACAGAAGAAGGGAAGGAUCUAAUCAAGGACGAGGUUUUCGAUCUGCUUGCGUGUAUACGUGAAGCUACGGAGCCUUUCCGGCAUGAUGCAAAGCGCAAGGGCAUCACGUACGAGGUCAUUGAGCACCCCGGGCUCCCUCGUUUCGUACACGGAGACCAAAGACGAGUCCGACAGGCGGUCGCCAACGUCACAGCAAACGCCGUCAAACAUACGUCGGAAGGGUCUGUCAGGGUUGAGCUAUACGUGGCGGAAGUACAGGACAACCGAGCGCGCAUCGAUAUCGUGGUCCAGGACUCCGGCCAGGGCAUGAGCAACGCGCAGCUGGAUGCGCUCUUCAGAGAGCUUGAACAAGUUGACACGGACAUUGGAUCCGAAUCAUCUGACGACGACAAUUCGCAAAGCGGUAAAGCGCUUGGCCUGGGUCUUGCAGUUGUCGCAAGAAUUCUGCGAAACAUGGAUGGGCAGCUCCGGCUGAAGUCCGAGGUUGGGAAGGGAUCCAGAUUUGUGAUCCAAUUGCCCUUCGACCUUCCCGAGGAGGAAACAAGCCGAGAUACUGUGGGGGCUAGCAGUGGCAACACCGCGCAGCUAUCCCUCGGAUCUGGUACCGCCUCGGCCUCCGCUGCCUCUGUGACCCAUAUGCAGGACGGCGAAGUGAUGCUGGUCGACCGCAACAACGGCAGCUCAUGGUCUGUCAACAACGCGACUGGCUCGCUGGCGUCCAAGAAGAGCUAUGAUGACAGUCUAAGCAUCACAAGCAAAGGCAGCGGACGAAGCGCGCUCAGUGAUGCGGACAGGCUCAUUGACGCCAUCCAAAACCCUCUCACACUCGGCGAGCCCGAGCCAGAAAGCGUCGCUCGGCAAAGGAGGAACUCACGGGGUCCCUACUACAACCCAUCUUCCAGUCUUCUCGGAUCCUCCAAGGGGCGGUCGGUCAGUCCAGGGAGCCGAAAGCGACCAGAUGUUCCUACGCGGUCGGUUUCGUCGCCGAACACUAAGAAGGAUUUACCUUUCGAGAAACCAACGACGGAAGUUGCACCCGGACCUUCUGAGCCAGCACCAGCAGCCCAAGGGGUGCAGUAUGUAACUGACAGUAGGGUUCCCAUCAAGCCGGUGAAGCUGCCAGACGAAAUGUUCGACAAGCCUGUGGUCCCACCGCAGAGCACGUCAAAGGUGCUCUUUGAAAUUAAGGAUGCCGUUGCGGAUAAGGCGAAAGCAGCAUCACCUGCUGUCAAGGAGCAACAGUCUGUGUCAUCACAACCAUCGGUGCCCGUUACGCCCGCCCCACCGCCCGCGCCCGCCAAAGAACCCUCAACAACAAACAACAAGCUGCAAGUUCUGGUUGCCGAAGAUGACCCCAUCAACGUCAAGGUGUUGCGCAAGAGACUCGAGAAGGCUGGGUACAAAGUUACUCACGCCUUGAACGGCGAGGAUUGCGCAGCAGUGUAUGAAGACAAGCCCGUGGUGUUUGACGUCGUCCUGAUGGAUAUGCAGAUGCCAAUUGUCGACGGUCUUACUAGUACCAAGAUGAUUCGCGCCUUUGAGAAAUCCAACCGGGACGGCAGCGGCCAACAGCUCUCCGACAUCGCCUCCGACCACGGCCGCGUCCCCAUCUUUGCUGUGAGCGCCUCCCUGGUCGAGCAAGAAAAGGACACGUACGUAGACGCCGGCUUCGACGGCUGGAUCCUCAAGCCCAUUGACUUUAAGCGUCUCGAGACCCUGCUGCAGGGCAUCACGGAUGAUCAAGUCAGGAAUGACGCGUUGUAUGUGCAGGGCCAGUGGGAGAGAGGUGGUUGGUUUGGGAGGAAGGGGAUGGGGCAGGAACAGCAGGAAAAUCAUGAGCAAUAA